AUGUUCCUAAUUUUCCUAGUCGCCUCGCUGGCGACGAUAUUACACUACGUAGGGGCUGUAACACACACGAAUGUGGCACUGGUAGGAGGUGGAAUGGGCAUGGGAGGUAUGGGAAUGGAUAUGGGCGGUAUGGGAAUGGGAGGCAUGGGAAUGGGGAUGGGGGGAGGGUUUGAGAUGGACAAGGGCAUGUUCAAUGGAGGGAUGAAGAAUAUGAAUGACGUCUUCUUCAACGGCAAAGGAGGGAAGCAAGGAGGACAGUUCGGGCUGGGAAAACAAGGUUUCUAUCAAGGGGAAGGGAUGAACAACUUGAAGAAAGGGGAACAAGGAGCUUUCAGCGGACACAAAGGAGGAAAGAAUCUGAUGUCAAAAGGCGGCGGCUACAAGGGAGGCAAUAAGUUUGGAAAACAGGGCAAAAAGGGAGACCAGAAGAAAAAGCAGGAGGACCACAAAAAGGCGCACGGUAUCAAAAGCUACAAAACUUCCCACGAAAAGAACGAGAACAGCCAGAGCGAAGAGUUCUACGACGAAGAACACGACGAGGGAGACAAGAGCGGGUAUGCCGGACAAAAGGGACAGUUCGGCGACAAAAAGGGAUCCGGAGCCAAGGGAGAGGUGGGGGAGGCGGCGUACAACGCCGGAGAGCAGAAAAAGGGCGGAAAGUUCGAGCAGAAAUACUUGCAAGACGCGGAGAAAGGGCAAGCGGGGCAAUAUGGGAAAAAGGACUACCUUGGAGGACAAGCCGGUUACGCGCUCAAGAAUGCUGGGGACCUCAAAAAUGCUGGCGGACACGAUCAAGCGCAGAAUAUGUACAAGUAUUAUAAGCACCCUAUGAUGUUCGGUAGAUAA